GUUGAAUGUCCAGCCUGCUCUAAGAAGAUGAGUAGCGGAGAUAUAAACCAGCAUUUAGAUAGAGGCUGUAAAUCUCCUCAGAAAGUCAACAAAUCGCAUAACAACGCUUGGGGUUUCAUGAACAAUAACCAGACGCCAUCGAGUAAAGCGAACAAGAAACGUAAGUCUACUACAACAGCGUCAACUAGCAAGACUGCAUUCGCAUCUCCAGCAUCUGAUGACAGCGAUCUGGAUAUAAUAUCAACUUCACAAAACAAGAAGGUUAAAAAGAAAGACAUUCCACCCGCACCAAUAUUCCAACAAAGUCAAUCGAAUAGUCAAGGAAACCUUCAGAAAGCCCAGCCUCUCGCUGAGAAAGUGCGACCGAAUACACUCGAUGGCUACGUCGGACAGGACGACUUGAUGGGCGAGAAUGGUAUACUUCGUGAUAUGAUAGUGAAUGAUACAAUAUCGAGUUCAUUAUUAUGGGGUCCACCUGGGUCUGGUAAAACAACACUCGCACGUAUUAUUGCAAAAACCAGUAGAGCGAAGUUGAAAGAGAUUUCCGCGACGAACACGGGCGUUAAUGAAGCAAAACAAAUACUUGACCAGGCGAAAGCGACGCUGCAGGUUUCUGGAACGCGUACUAUUAUCUUUGUCGAUGAAUUACAUCGCUAUUCGAAACUACAACAGGAUAUUUUUCUACCGCAUAUUGAAAGCGGAGCGUGUGUCUUAAUUGGUGCGACAACCGAGAAUCCCUCUUUCAAAAUCAACAAUGCGCUCUUAUCACGAUGUCAAAUUUACAAACUUGAGAAACUGACAAUGGAAGCGCUCACGCGGAUGCUCAGCAAUGCUCUCACACAUUGGAAAGUCGCCAACGAGGGUUAUGACAUAAACGCGCUCGUUGAUGACGAUUUUGUAAGGUAUUUGGCAAGUAUAAGUGAUGGUGAUGGACGCGUCGCUUUGAAUAGUCUUGAGAUGGUUCUACGCUCAGUCGAAAUUCGUCGUGCGUCAUCUUCUGCAAAACCCCUAACGAAGCAGGACCUCAUGGGCAGUCUCAAAAGAUCUAUAGUUUUAAAGUAUGACCGUGAUGGCGAUUUCCAUUACGAUUCUAUAAGCGCAUUUCACAAAUCACUCAGAGGAUCCGAUGUUAAUGCUUCUGUUUAUUGGUUGGCGAGGAUGCUUGAGGCUGGUGAAGACCCCCUCUACGUUUGUCGCAGAAUGGUUGUAGUGGCUUCAGAGGAUAUUGGCAUGGCUGAUAGCUAUGCGCUGACGCUUGCGACGGCAACAUACCAAGCUUGUCAAGUUAUAGGCAUGCCUGAAUGUAGAAUUAACCUCGCACAUUGUUGUGUAUAUCUCGCUGAAGCACCAAAAUCGACCAGGAGUUAUGAGGCAUACAACAAGGCAGUCGCGGCUGUCAAAAUGUUCCCACAAUAUCCUGUUCCCUUGCACCUCCGUAAUGCUCCAACGAGGCUAAUGAAAGAUCUCAACUAUGGGAAGGACUACCUCUAUAAUCCAGCAUAUGAUCAUCCUGUACACCAGGAGUACUUCCCUGAUGAGAUGCCACAGGAGGCGAGAAUAAUGGAUAAGCAGGAGAAGGCACACAACGCACUACUUCUUGCAGAAUGGGAGCAGGUCAAUGACAAGAAGUGGGAUGGUAAUACCUCCUCAGCAUCCACCAACGCACCCAAGAAAUGUCCAAAAGGUCUAGGAAGAUGAAAAAAGUAAAUAUAUGUAAUUAUAGUCCAUCAUUAC